AUGUCUUCCAACCACGCCAUUGACACCAACCCACCCAAUGGGACUGACAUUCACAUCACUCGGAGAGGCUCGAGCUGGUUAUGGGCAGUUUUCAGCAUUAUGGCGGUAUCAGACCUCAUCAUUAUAGGAUGGCACUUUAUGGUCCCUCGAGGUCAGCGAGUCUUCCAUCAGCUCGCAGCAAUCAUCCUUACCACCGCGUCCAUCGCCUACUUUGCCAUGGCUUCAGAUCUGGGCUUUGCAGCUAUAACCACCGAAUUCAGUGGACAUGGCUUCCCUGCCGGGACUUACCGACAGAUAUGGUACAUUGACUGGGUCAUUACCACGCCUGCACUCCUUCUCGAGCUCGUACUCGCCUCGGCACUCCCGCUGUCUGACAUCAUCACGUUGAUCUUUUUCGACCUCGUCAUGAUUAUAACAGGUCUGAUCGGCGCCCUGGUACCUUCGAGAUACAAGUUUGGCUUCUUCGCCUUCGGAUGUGCCGCCUUAUUCUACAUCUGGUGGGCACUCUUGGGACCGGCUCGCACCUCUGCUAGAACCAUUGGGGCUCCCUUCAAAAGAUCUCUCACUAUCUCGGCUGCCUACCUCUCGUUCAUCUGGUUGUUGUACCCGAUCGCCUGGGGUGUAUCCGAUGGAGGCAACGUCAUCUCUCCAGACUCCGAGAUGGUCUUCUAUGGUAUCCUGGAUCUGCUAGCCAAACCAGUCUUUUGUUUCCUCCAUCUUUGGCAGCUUUCUCGCCUCGCCUUGACCCUACUCCAGCUCCGCUCCGGCAAGUUUAGCGCCUACGCUUCUGACACUACGACCCUGCACAACGAAAAAGUCGGUCAUCAUGGCGCUGGCACCACCGGUGUGACUGCAGGACCUGGACGACACUCAGAUGCUACCGUUGUGGACAAUGACUCGAAUCAUGGCUACAUCAUCCCAAUGCGAAUAUGGCCCAUGACAAUGGUGUGA